CGUGUUCUGGCAUCCCCGGUCGCGUCGCGUUGCUAUAGGGACCACCAGUUGGCAAUUGUUGAUCAACGCUUACCCAGUGCACAACCGCAUUUCCAACUCCACAACUGAUGGCGCACAAAUCUCCAGACAGACUACACGGUCUCUACACUCUCCACCACAGCCAACAUGGAGCCCCCUCCACGACCUUCUAGCUCGCUGUUCGAUGUCUACCUGCGCCUGAGGCCAUCAACCCAUUCUGCAAACCCCAGAUUCCUGAACGUCGAAGAGACUGAUGCGCCACACCCGACUCAUAUUACAAUUAAACCACCUACGAAUGACAAUCGCAAACGAGCUGUGGAGAGAUUCGCCUUCACGAGAGUGUUUGAGGAAGAUGCGGAGCAAAUGGACCUGUUCAAGGGCACAGGGGCGCUCAGUAUGAUCGAGGGAGUGUUGGGAGGACAUGGGAGACAUGGCCGUGAUGGCUUGCUUGCCACACUGGGUGUUACAGGCUCAGGAAAGAGUCAUACGAUCCUCGGAACCAAAACCGUGCGAGGCAUCACCCAAAUGUCCCUGGACGUGCUCUUCCAAGCUACAGGAAACCGACUUGUACAGUCGUUCUACGGUGCUCCCGCCUUCUCGUCUCUAGCUGCUGCCGACGUAUCUGAGGCCAAUAUGUUCACAGCAACAGCAUAUCUCGAUGCCAUGUACGGAGACAACCAAUCUGAGCGUUGCCCUUCCAGAGCCCAAACAUCAAUGCUGGAAUGCAGUUCCUUCCUCACCAACCCUUCGAGCCGCUCAAAGAAUAUCCCCCGUCUUUCAGCAAUGCCCCAGAGUCCUGCUAUCGAAGACAUAGAGCUUCCCUCAGAUCCUACUGCGGAGUAUGCCAUUGUAAUCUCCAUGUACGAGGUUUACAAUGACCGCAUUUUCGAUCUCUUGGCGGGUAAUGUAUCUAAGAGUAAACAUCCCAAUGUCAAGCGACGAGCUCUCCUUUUCAAAAAUACAGAACAGAGCCCUGACCGAAAAGUCGUCGCCGGCCUAACCAAAAUCAUCUGUGGCAGCCUGGAAGAAGCCCUCAUGGUUCUAGAAACGGGCCUCAUGGAGCGCAAGGUCGCCGGGACCGGUAGCAAUGCGGUCAGCUCACGCAGUCACGGCUUUUUCUGCAUAGAAGUCAAGAAACGGAAUGCAGAACGCAAAGGCCCCUGGUCAACCAGCACCCUCAGCAUCGUCGACCUAGCUGGCUCCGAGCGCGCCCGCAACGCGAAGACCGCGGGAGCCACGCUCGCCGAAGCCGGCAAGAUCAACGAAUCCCUCAUGUAUCUGGGCCAAUGCAUGCAGAUGCAAUCCGACAACCAAGACGGCUCCAGAAACAUCGUGCCCUUCCGCCAAUGCAAACUCACCGAGCUCCUCUUCUCCAACUCGUUCCCCUCCACCACCGCCCGCCAAACGACCCACCACCACCAGCCGCAGAAAUCCAUCAUGAUCGUCACCGCCGACCCGAAGGGAGAUUUCAACGCCACGUCGCAAAUCCUGCGCUACUCGGCCCUGGCGCGGGAAGUCACCGUCCCGCGCAUCCCCUCGACCACAUCGACCAUCCUCGCCGGCACACGCCCCAAAUCCUCGGCCUCUUCGCAUAUGCCCGGCGGCUCGGGCCGCUCCACUCCCUCGGCCAUCCUCGAAGAACUUGACUCGGCCAACAGCACCAUUUCCCGGCUCACCUCCGAAAUCGAGAUCCUGGCCCUGCGCCUCGCGGAGGAGACGGCGCGGCGCAAGGCCGUCGAGCAGAGCUGGCAGGCAGCUGAGAUGCGCAUGCAGGAUCUGGAGCAGGAGAUUCGCGACGAGUGCUUUGCGGCGAUGGAGGAGGCGGUGGAGGCGGAGAGGCGCAGGUGGCGGUGUGCGUGGGAGGUGGAGGCUGAGAAUCAGGAGGGGAGGUUGGAUGCCAAGAUUGAUGUUGUGAUUCAGGCGGCGAGGGCGGAGGAGAGGGAGAGGUUGAGGAAGCUUGAGAGGGGUUUUGAUGGUAGUAGUAGUAGUGGUAGGAAAGAGGGGAAGGGGUGGUGGGCGGAUGAUGAGGAGGGACGGGAGGUCAGGUUGAGGGUGAGGGAGUUGGAGGAGGAGAAUAGGGGGUUGAGGAUGAAGGUGGAGAGGGGCGAGAGGGAGAAGGUGGCUAAGAGUGCGAGUCCGGUUAAGGUGAGGAGAGUGCUCAAGGCGAAUGCCAGUGCGAAGAGGUGGGUCGAUCCCGAGAGGAUGGAGGGGUUGGAUAGUGAUUAUUGAGGAUUGAUUGAGGGAGGACGUGUUGGCGUUCCACUGCGUGUAGAUAUUGGCGUUGCGACUCUUUUUUUCUUUUUGGUGUAUGCCGAGUCUCUGAUGAAUGAAUGAUGAUGGCGAAUGGCGUUUAGGGGCUUGGAGGUUUUGAGUAUACAAGACCGGUCUUCAAGGCGAGGGAUUUGGUAGUCUUGCAUGACCUUGACCUCUUUCUUAGUAAUUUGCGUAACAGUGACCAUAGGGCCAAUGUCCAUCGAUAUCUGAUACC